CGUACUUAUGCUGUCUGGCAUGCAGGUCCACUUCUCUACAUCGUCAUCCACGUAACAGUUGGGUGGGGUACACCAAAAGCUUCAUGCCCUCCUUAUCAGAUAAAUCGUGGGCGGUUUUGCGUCUGCUCACUCAUUGUUGCUCACUCAUUGUUGCUCACAUAUUUUAUAAGCAGCUGGAAAUUCUAGACUAGGGUUUGAUUAUUAUUAUUUUUGGCUUUCGAUCAUGGCCUUGGAUGAUGCAAUGUUUCUGGCCAUGGCCUUCGCGGAGGCGAAGGCUGGUUAUGAAGAAGGUGGCAUACCCAUCGGAGCAGUUCUUGUGUCCAAAGAUGGCAAGGUACUAGGUCGUGGGCGCAACCAGAGGGUGCAGGAAAGCAGCAAUAUUCUCCAUGGCGAGACCUCGGCACUCCAGAAUGCUGGACGUCUGUCACCAGAGGCAUACAAGGGAGCCACAAUGUACACUACUUUGUCGCCUUGUGAUAUGUGUACCGGCGCGUGCCUUCUCUUCGGUAUUCCACGCGUGGUUGUCGGCGAGAACAAGAGUUGGCUUGGUGGCGAGGAAUACCUGAAGAAAAGGGAAGUCGAAGUUGUCGUCAUGGAUGAUAAGAAUUGCAUCGAGCUGAUGGAAAAGUUCAUACGAGAGAAGCCCGAUAUUUGGAACGAAGAUGUGGGGGGUAAACCAUAAAUCAUGUGAGAUACAUGCAGUCAAUACAAGCAGUAGAUGAUUGGCUGAGAGACCUCUCUGAUAUAGGGAUGGUUUGCAUUGCAGUGAGGACCAUAAGCAUGUUGUGUUUCUUGUCGUGUCGCAAAAAUUCUACUGUAUACGUAUUAGUGGAUAUACCAUCAACGUUGAUCUUAAAGACUCUGGCCAGGUAUAGGCGCAGAUUAUGGCAAGGAGAAGAAUUUACGGUCAAAGAAUAUGGAAGCAACCCAACAACGAUAUUUUGGCUCAAGAUUAACUAAGCAACAAUGGUCACUACGCCACCAUAAGCCACCGCCUCCAAUAAGAA